AUGGUAAAUGGACAACCUUGGUUUGACCUAAAUUAUCCUAUCAGCGGGACUUGUACAAGAACAGAUGAUAAAGAGAAUUAUGGGAAAAAAAGAGAAGAAAUAGUUAACUUAGAUAUUAGCAAUCAAAAUUUAGAAGGCUGUAUUAUUGCUCCGGGAUUUUAUUCUAUCCGAAAAUUAAAUUGUUCCUUCAAUAGAAUUUCGUGUCUUCUUGGGUAUCCUGAACAAAUUAACUUAGAAGAAGUCGAUUAUUCACAUAAUCAACACA